UCACGUCUUCUCAGCUCGCCGCUGCUGCUGCUCCUCUAGUAAUUGAUGUUAUGGAGAAGAAAGCGAGCGAGGGAUUCACAGUUUAGCCACUACAUUCUCCCUACCAACAUCCCAAAGCUUGAAGACGGAAAUCCCUUUCGGCAGCCAAAAAAAAAUAAAAAAAGGUAGAUUAUUCUGGUUGACAUACAGAUUCUUUUUAAUUGUCCAGUGGGAGAAAAGAAACGAGCGAACAUAUCAUGAAGAGAAUAACGGGGAAGACAAAAGAAGCCACUUUGAUAGAAAUGACAAACACGUUGGAUUCUCAGAUUGAAGGUAAUAAUGGUAGCAUUAACUCCAUCUCUGACCGAGGGACACAGCUGCCUGGUCACCGGGAGAUUGACAAGCUUGGACAGAACAGGGACUCUGUGUACUUCAGGGAUGGUGUACGGCGCAUCGAUUUUGUACUGUCCUACAUUGACGACAAGGAUGGAGACAAGAAAGCGGAGAGAAGAAGAGAGUUUGAAGCUAACCUGGAGAAGGCUGGUCUUGAGCUGGAGACUGAAGAUAAAUCGGAGUCAGAUGACCGUAAGACGUAUUAUCUGAAGAUUCACGCUCCGUGGGAAGUGUUGGCCACUUAUGCUGAUGUGCUAAAGAUCAAAGUGCCCUUUAAAGCGAGUGAUAUUCCCAAAGCUCGAGAAGUUCCUCUGGAGUGGCUCACUCACCCUUUCCGGCUGCCAGACAACAUCAUGAGGCCAGAGCCGGACUACUUCACUGCACCUUUUGACAAGAGCAAGGUUGACUUCUUCCUUAUUGAUGACAAGGACACAUUUUUUCCUCCCUCCACUCGCAACAGGAUAGUGUAUUACAUCCUGACCCGCUGCCCUUACUACAAGGAAGACCGUAUAGAGAAAGAUAAGACAGGAAUUAAACGACUGCUGAACAAUGGCACCUACACCUCAGCAUAUCCCCUUCAUGAUUGCAAGUACUGGAAGAAGGCACAAGACAUGCAGUGUGAGAGUGAGAGGUAUCAUCUGUACAAAAACUGGGCUCGAUUCCUCUGCUUCUACAAAGAGCAGCCGCUCAAUCUGAUCAAGAAGUACUAUGGUGAGAAGAUUGGUAUCUACUUUGCCUGGCUAGGCUUUUACACAGAAAUGCUGUUUUUUGCUGCAGUCAUGGGAGUGAUCUGUUUUGUUUAUGGUGUGCUUAGUUACGAAGACAACAUCACAAGCAAGGAGAUCUGUGACCCAGAAAUCGGUGGGAUGAUUGUCAUGUGUCCACUCUGUGAUAAAAAGUGCAGCUACUGGAAACUCAACUCAACGUGUCUGUCCUCCUGGCAAUCUCAUCUAUUUGAUAACGAGGGGACGGUGUUCUUUGCCAUCUUCAUGGGUAUUUGGGUGACCUUGUUCCUGGAGUUCUGGAAGCGGCGGCAGGCCCGUCUGGAGUAUGAGUGGGACCUUGUGGACUUUGAGGAGGAACAGCAGCAGCUACAGAUCAGGCCAGAGUAUGAGUUGAAAUGCACAGGCCGCAGACUCAACCGCAUCACGCAGGAAAUGGAGCCUUAUCUUCCUUUCCCCAGCAAGUGUGCCCGAUUCUGUCUGUCUGGAGCAACGGUUCUUUUUUGGACGUGUCUGAUAGUGGCCUGUAUAAUGGGAGUAAUCGCUUAUAGAUUAGCAGUUUAUGCAGCGUUUGCCAGUGUCAUGAAGGACAGCCCCACCAGUAAGAUCCAGCUGGUGGGAUCUCUCAUCACCCCUCAACUUGCCACCUCUGUCACCGCUUCCUGCAUCAACUUUGUCAUUAUCCUCAUCCUCAACUUCCUCUAUGAGCAAGUGGCCAUUUGGAUCACUGAUAUGGAAAUCCCCAAGACCCAUCUGGAGUAUGAGAACAAGCUGACCAUGAAGAUGUUUAUGUUCCAGUUUGUGAACUACUACUCCUCCUGUUUCUAUGUGGCCUUCUUUAAAGGGAAGUUUGUGGGUUAUCCGGGAAACUACACUUAUAUGUUUGGAAAGUGGAGCAAGCUGAGAAAUGAAGAGUGUGCCCCUGGGGGCUGUCUGAUUGAGCUGACCACACAGCUGCUUAUCGUCAUGGCUGGAAAACAAAUGGUUGGGAACGUCCAAGAGGCUCUGCUGCCACUUCUCAGAAACUGGUGGGGCAGCAGGAAAGGGCGAAGUCAUCCCGAAAGUACAUACAGUAGAUGGGAGCAGGACCACGAUCUACAGAACUUCAGCCAGUUUGGACUCUUCUAUGAGUAUCUGGAGAUGGUGAUCCAGUUUGGCUUCAUAACACUAUUCGUAGCCUCUUUUCCACUGGCUCCUCUUCUCGCCCUCUUCAACAACAUCCUGGAGGUGCGAGUGGAUGCUUGGAAGUUUACUACACAGUUCAGAAGGCCAGUGGCAGCGAAGGCUCGCAACAUUGGAGCGUGGGAAGAGAUCCUUAAUGUGGUGGCCAUCUUGUCCGUGGUCACAAAUGCUUUCAUCAUGGCAUUCACCUCAGAUAUGAUUCCUCGCCUGGUCUAUCUGUACACCUACCGCCCAGGCAGAGAGGCCACUAUGAGUGGUUACAUCACCAACAGCCUCUCCUUUUACAACAUCUCUCAGAUCCCUGAAGAUAACCUGCCUGAAGCUGGAGAAAACCCAUCAUGGUUUAACAGCUCUACCAUCACAACAUGCAGGUAUCGGGACUACAGAUACCCACCUGGGCAUGAGAACCAGUACACACACACCAUGCAGUUCUGGCACAUCUUGGCUGCUAAACUAGCCUUCAUCAUCAUCAUGGAGCAUGUUGUAUUUGUUGUGAAAUUCUUCGUGGCAUGGCUGAUUCCAGAUGUGCCGGCAGAAGUAAAGGCCCAUAUAAAGCGUGAACGCUUUCUGGUUCAGGAAUACCUGCACAACUACGAAGUGGAGAAACUCAAGAUGCAGCUGAGCCAGAGUUUCUGUCUGUCCACAGAAACAGCCUCACUGCUGCCCUCUAGUCCAAGUAAACACCAGGUGCUCACUGAAUGUAUUUGAAUAUCCCUGAACCCUCAGGACUACUCACAUAUACUAUAUCCUGCAAAGCAUGGAGGAAUAGAAUCUUCAGGAAACCUUCAUACUAGGGUUGCAUGAUUAAUCGAAUGUUAUUGUCAUGCAUAUCUUGUCAGUUAAGCCGGUUCUGGGAUUAGUAGUAAAUCUCCAUCAUGUAAUUUCAGAUGGAGCAGCAUUUACUACACAUAGCUGUAGUUCACUGACAAGCUACACAAAAUCAUGCUAAUAAUCACAGAUUAUUAUUAAAGAAAUCGUUCUGCGAUUAUGAAAGCUGUUUGUGUAGCUUGUCAGUGAGCUACGGCUCUGUGUAGUAAAUGCUGCUCCAUCUGAAAGCAUGUGAAAAUACCACAUUUAAUAACAUAUUUUUACUCCAAACCCACUUCAUAACGUCAAUCAAGUGUUUGAAAUAAACCUUUCCGUGAGAUGAUGUGGUUUCUUACACAGAAUAAGGCACGCAACAUAUUUCAUAGUAUUCUAAGCAGUGAUAAAGGCUAUGACAAUUAGCAUUGCAUUAUUGUAUACAUUAUUAUAAUGAAAAUUAUAAUAUGACAAACUAAGAUAAACCAUAUAUUGCCAUAGUCUUGUGUUUAUUAGUCACGUUGAAUUAAUGAAAGCAGUUAAAUCUUCUGUUUAUUUAGCCACCUCUUUAAGGAUUUCCUGGGUUUCUCAGCCAGGUGUGUUUGGAGUCUCGGUGUGAGAGCGCCCUCUGGCCUUCGGUUGGAGAUUUACUGCUCAUCACAAAACUGUGCUUCAAUGAAAGAUUUGCAUGACAACAGAUUUAUCGAUUUAUAUCGCCUUUGCAAUUAAAUUUAAAUUAAUUGUGCAGCCCUACUUCAUACAUUUAUUGCAAAGAACCGCCUGCCCACAUCCAAACAACUGCCAGAACUUUUAUGAGGUCCUACACGCCUAAAAGUCUCUUUUCUGCUUGAUGUUUGUGGGAAAACAUUACCGCUUUCCUCUGUUUCUCUCUAAUGUCUGGAGUCCACUUACAUAACUGCACUUUUACAAAGGAGAAAGGCUUGCAGACAGACCACCGAGAUUUCGGCGCCGACCCCUCUGGAAUGCAGCCUGCUGUUCCUCAGGUUGCCUUCGAAGCAAGCUGCUGUGAAUUCAACUUAUGAAUAAUCAUUUAUGACCAUUAAAAACUGAACAUGUUUAGAAGGCAAUAAGCAUUUAUGUCUGUCCAGCUUGUUGCUGUUAUAAUUUUAUUUUUAUUUUUUUAAGUAAUCUGCAUGUUUUUUCUCCCCUGUAUGUCUGACUGUGAAAGAGAUUCAUGUAGACAGUGUGUUGUCUUUUUUUUUUUUUGACAUUUUUUGUGGGCAUGUGCAGUUUAAGUUAAUAUAUGCUGUUGUCCAUUGGAUAUUUUCUCUCAUGAAACACACUGAUAGCUGAAUAGCUAUCACACAAUAUCAUCAUUUCUGUAGCGCUUACAUCAUCUUGUCCCUUAUAAUGUUUAUAUUUUAUUCUUAUUUUUAAUUAAUGCUGUACCUUGCCACCCACAUAUUUUGUUCGGUGUCAUAUUAAAAUAUAAUGAAUCUUUUUUUUUUUUUUUUUUUUCUAUUGUUGAUUUUCUUCAAGGAUGUAUUUAUUGCUCAAGAGUUAACAUAUAACUGAUUUAUUAUCCGGUUGGAAGGAUUGAUUUGACCAGAUUAAGCACUAUAAUGACUUGCUAUUUUUCUGAUACUACAAAAAUCAGAAACUCAAGCCUUUAUUCAUCACCUUGUUCUGCAAGAGUCUGUCAAGGUUUGCACGUACCACAUAUCUGAUGCUAAAGGAACAUUAGCACUCACCUGUAAUCGUAACUAGGAGAACACUAGUCUUUUUCAUCAUGCUAUUUCUCUGUAACUAAUUUCUGCAAAAUGCACUUGUGCAAAAAGGAUUAGUUUGGAUUUUUGUGAUCAUUUCCCCAUGAAUCGGGGACUUCGAUAUCCACCCUGAUAACUUCAUUUGAUAUUGCAGAACUGCUGGGACAACUUAAUUCAGUGAAACAGACUUUCAGAGACUCCCAUACAUGUCAAGGCCAAAGGCUUUUAAAGUGACUUAUCAAUUGAAUUACUCAUUUUGUGAGCCAUACCUGUUCAUUUCAUUUCACAAAUGUUAUAAACUCUAUACAUAUGUAUUUUAAGCUUGUCAAGUGAUUACAUUUUUUUUUCUGUUAUUCAUCAAUGUUUUAUGGAUACAAAUACAGUUUACAGACAUUUUCUGAAUAUUAUGUUGCUAUACUUGUAUACAAAGUUUUAUCCAAAACAAAAUGUGUUAUAAAUGUACCCUAAAGUUAAAUGUUACAGUCUAUUCAUGAUAAAAUAUUUAAAAAGUUAUUCACCUAGUUUAAGAUAUAUUUGUGUCCAAAUAAGAACAUGUCACAUGCAUUUUGCCUUAACUGCUGUCAUGAUGUAUGUGUAUACGGGUGUUUUUUUGUUUUGUUUUGUCGUCUUCUUUAUUUAGUCUACAAAUGUUUACAGAAUGAGUUGCAUGAAACCGUGUGAAAGAAAAGUUAGUUUAUGAAUAAUCAUUAAUCAAUCUUAUAAAAGCGAGAACGUGCCAAAAUAAAGUGAUUUAAGUAUACUAUA